CAGUACAGUGAUAGUUGGGCUGCGUCCUCCUUUCUCAUUCUGAUAGGAAUUUCAUGAGACAUCGAGACAGAACCAGAACGGGAAUUAAUGAAGAUCACGGGCUGAAGAGAUGUUGGAUGUGUUACAGUAAAUGUUGUUUUGCAUCCACCUUCACAGGCGGCACCAAGAAAAACCGUGGAUUAUAUCAAGUUCGUUUAACACGGCUGCCAGAAAACCUUGGGGACUGGGAGUCAGUAUUCGGAUUUCACUUUUUUAGGGAGUAGGACAGAGGCAGAGUGGGAUGCUGAGGAAGGGGGACUGGGUUUGGGUGGACUCAAACAUCGGGGUACCCAUCGGAGCCAGCGUCAAAGAAACAUCGUUGGGUCAACGGGUGCUGGUGGACGAUGACGGGAAGGAGCACAGGCUGUCCCGGGAGAAGGAAGCCUCUCUCAAGAUCAUGCACCCAACGUCGGUCGAAGGCGUGGACGACAUGAUCAAGCUCGGGGACAUGACGGAGGCCGGCCUCCUCAGGAACCUGCUGAUCAGAUACAAACAAGACAUCACCUAUACCUACACAGGCUCUGUGCUGGUGGCAGUGAAUCCAUACAAGGAUCAUCCAAUAUACUCACCUGAGCAGGUGAAGUUGUACCACGGUCGCAGGCUUGGGGAGCUUCCGCCGCACAUCUUUGCCAUCGCUGAAGCCUGUUACUUCAACAUGACGCGCCACCUCAGAGACCAGUGCUGCAUAAUCAGUGGGGAGUCUGGGGCAGGGAAGACGGAGAGCACCAAACUAAUCCUGCAGUACUUGGCAGCAAUCAGUGGUGAGCUCUCUGAACAGCAGAUUGAAAAGCAGAUCCUGGAGUCCAACCCAAUUCUAGAAGCUUUUGGAAAUGCCAAAACAACCCGCAACGACAACUCCAGUCGCUUCGGGAAAUACUUGGAGAUCUUCUUCAACAAGGACGGAGUGAUCGUAGGUGCUCGCGUGGAGCAGUAUCUCCUAGAGAAGUCCCGUGUCUGCCAUCAGGCCCCGGAGGAGCGCAACUACCACAUCUUUUACUGCAUGCUGAAAGGAAUGUCAGCACAAGAGAGGAAAACUCUGAGACUUGGAAAUGCAAAGGAAUAUGCAUUCCUUACCAAGGGUGACUGCACUGUGUGUAAGGGCAGGAACGAUGCAAGUGACUACAUUCGUGUUCAUUCUGCCAUGAGACUCCUGAUGUUCUCAGAAGACCAGUGUCAGGAAAUCCACAAGCUGCUGGCGGCCAUACUGCACCUGGGAAACCUCUGCUUUGAGUCCUCCACUGAAAAUAAUGUGGAAAAAAGCGAUGUCAGGAAAUCAGAGCAUUUCGGCAUCGCAGCAUCACUACUGGAGGUCAAUGAGUCUUCCCUGGCAUCCAGUCUGACUAAACGCUCCCUCAUGAUCACCAGAGAAAGUGUGACAAAACCCCUCAGCUCGGAGCAGGCGUCUGACUGUAGAGAUGCUCUCGUCAAGGCCAUCUACAACAAGCUGUUCAUAUGGAUUACUGGGAAAAUCAACAGUGUCAUCUAUAAGAAGGUUGACGACAACCCCAACGCCUCCUACCUGUCCAUUGGGCUGCUGGAUAUCUUCGGUUUCGAGAACUUCCAAACAAACAGUUUCGAGCAGCUUUGCAUAAAUUUUGCUAACGAGAAGCUGCAGCAGUUCUUCGUGGACCACAUCUUCAAGAUUGAGCAGGAGGAGUACCUAAAGGACGAUAUUGUGUGGAACAACAUCACGUAUACUGACAAUCAGAAUGUCCUCGACCUCCUGGCAGGGAAACCCUGUAACCUGCUGGCUCUGAUCGACGAGGAGAGCCAUUUCCCAAAGGGAUCAGACUUGACUUUGUUGAACAAGAUGAACCAGCAACACAAAAAAAACAGCGUCUACAUCGCCUCCAGGAGCAACCGCGACACAGGCUUUGGGAUUUGCCACUUUGCAGGCGUGGUUCACUACGAAUCAAUUGGGUUCCUUGAAAAGAACAGGGAUGCUGUCAGUUCUGACAUCAUCAAGAUGGUUGACAACUCCACCAAUGAGCUCCUGCGGCAGAUAUUCGAGAAAGAGCUUACAAACAAUGAGGCGAAGAAUUCCAAAAACAGCAAGGUCACCAUAACGUACAGGACCUUUCAAAGGGGUCAGUUUGACAACCAUAAACAAGUGCCGACGCUCACUGGACAGUUCCGUCAGUCUCUGGACUCCCUCAUGAAGGCCCUGUCCAUCUGCCAGCCUUUCUUCAUCCGCUGCUUCAAACCCAACACUGGCAAGAAGUCUAAGGUGUUUGACAGAGAAGUUUGCAUGCGUCAGCUGAGAUACUCAGGCAUGAUGGAUACAAUCCGUAUCCGGAAACUGGGAUAUCCCAUUCGACACACCGUUACGGAAUUCCUGGCGCGCUACAGGGUGCUCCUGAAGACGCCCGUGUGUGACCCCAAAACUGCGUCGGCUAUGGCUUGUUGUCAAGCCAUCUGCAAGGCAGUGAUUGGACAAAAGGAUGAGUGGAAAAUAGGCAGGAACAAAAUUUUCCUAAAGGAUGCUCAUGAUGCUUUGCUGGAGCGGCGGAGGGAGCAAGAAUUCAGCAGGGUCGCUAUGGUGAUCCAGGGCGCCAUGCGGGGAUACAGAGUCAGGAAGGCUUUUCUGAGAAAGCGGUGGGCUGCCAUGGUGUUGCAGAGGUACUGGAGAGCUUUCAGGGAAGGGAAGAUCCAGCGCGGCUUUCAGCGACUGGCAUCGAAGAUCCGAAGUCGGAAGCUCCAGUCAAUGUACCAGAGACAACGAUCAGCAGUGCUCACCAUACAGGCUCAGGUACGAGGCCACAGCGUAAGGAAGGACUGGAGGAAAAUGAGAGCGGCAGCCAUAGUGAUCCAGGCUCACGUCAGAGGAUUCCAGGCCAGAAAAGCAACUGAGAAAAUGAAGAACGACAUGGGUGACCAAGACGGCUGGAAGAUUAAGCAGGAACUGGACAACUUGGUGGAGGAACAGCUUCUUGAAGUGCAACGGCGGCAAAGCGCUAAGAAGAUCCAACGCAACAGAAAGUCGGCCACAUCGACGCCUGCCCCUUCGCUGGAUGGAGACGAUGAUGACAUGUUUGACGAUGACAGCGAUGAGUAUUCGUUCUACAAGUUCAGCGUCCUUCACUUCGAGAACAAAGCUACGCACACUCACGUCAGCCACAGACUCAAAAAGCCCCUCCUGCACCACGAUGAUGAGGGCGACGUUCUGGCAUGUCUGACCGUAUCGUGGAUUAUUUUGCGUUUCAUGGAGGACAUGUUAGAACCCAAACCCUUGGACCCGUCAUCUCCGGGGAUAAACAACAUCUCCCGUAAUCUGCCGUCCAGACAGGGCAGGAGGCUGAGCAACCUAGUGGGACUUGACCAGAAAAUACUGAGGAGGAGCAAGAACAUGCUUGGAGGAGGGAUCAGAAAAGCCUCAAGCACUGAUGAGGAGCUAAUGGAAAUCUCCGAAGAAGACGUUUUGAUUGGAGAGGGUCCGACACUGGACCGGCCACUUUCCCCUUUGGAAAAACUUCACGUCAUUGUUGGAUACGCUCUGUGGAGACCAGACAUACGGGAUGAAGUCUACUGUCAGAUCUGUAAGCAGCUGGUGAACAAUAACAGGAUUAAGAGCCGCAAGCUUGGCUGGAUUCUCCUCUCCAUCUGUCUUGGGGCCUUCCCUCCAACAGACCUCUUCUUGAAGUAUUUGGAGAGUUUUGUCCGCAGAGCCCCGAGCACCUACAGGGAAUACUGUAUGAAGCGCCUGCGUCGGAUAGUAGCCACCGGAGAAAGGAAGGAGCCGCCCUGUUGGGUAGAGCUUGAGGCUGCCAAGUCCACGAAGCCCAUAGUUGUGUCUGUGGCUCUGCCGGACGGCCAUGCUGUUAGUUUACAUUUGGAGUCCGCCUCCACCUCUGCUGAGGUCUGCCAAGCUGUGGCUGACAGGAUUGGUCUUAAAGACACCUAUGGGUUCUCCCUGUACAUCAGCCUCUACGACAAGACGUGGUCUCUGGGCAGCUGUGGGAAUCACGUGUUUGAUGCAGUGUCUCAGUGUGAGCAGGAGAUGAGGAGCCAGGGCGCCGAGGAGGGGCACGCCCCCUGGAGGCUCUCCCUCCGCAAAGAGCUGUUCACACCCUGGCACGACUGCUUCCUGGACCCAGUCAGCACUGACCUGAUCUACAUGCAGGUCAUCAAGGGGAUCAAGUAUGGAGAGUACACCAGUGAUAAGGAGGAUGAAUAUGUUCAGCUGGCUGCGAAGCACUAUUACAUCCAGUUUGGCCUGGCGUACAACAGAGACAACGUCCGGAAGGUGGUUGAGGAGUGCAUCACCACAGAGCUCAUUGAGAAUAAAUCCAUGUCCAAAUGGAUCCAGCUCAUCAGCACAGAACACUUACAGAGUCAUUAUGCCAAAGGGAUGUACACCACUGACAGAGUAAAAGGAGAACUAGUCGACAGCGCCCGGGAGAAAUGGCCAGUCCACUUCUCUAAGUUUUACGAAGUUACGGUGAUCUCAGGACCUUUGCCCAAAGGCAGGUACAUCGUGGCUGUAAACUGGAGUGGAAUCUUUUUCAUGGAAGGAAGAGACAAGAGUCUCGCCCAGAUCUCUUACAUAGAAGUAAAGAAAGUCCAAAUGAUGAGUGAUGGCCACUUAGGUGCCCAGUUCAUAAGUUUGUCCACAGUCAGAUGGGACUUUGUCCUGAGGUGUGUGCAAGCUCUGGACAUGAAUGCCCUGAUAGAGGAAAAUGUGGAAGGGCUGAGACAGCGUUCGGUGUACGCUAUCGUUCAGCGGGACACCACCAAACCAUACGACCCCGCGCUCCUGGUUUGUAAGCGAGGGGACCUGCUGCUGGUCGAGAAAAAUAAAGAAUCCUUAACUUAUGACGGACUAUUCAGAGCAACCAACCAGCGCACCGGCAUCAGUGGCGUAGUCAACAAGGACUCAGUGCAGCUUCUACCAACUCUCCACAGGCCGUCUGAUAAAAUGCUGGAAUUGCUCAGUCUGAGCCAGAAGAGACCUCCGGUCACAAAGAUCACAACUCAGGGAGAAGACGUGGUGGCUUCCGCAUCUUUGAAAGACUUCGCACUAGAGAACUUCAGGCCUGCGGGCAAAGAUGCCGGUCGGCAUAGUGCAUCCAAAGGGGUCAGCCAGGAGAAACUGUGGGCCUAUACCAGGGAGCCUCUCAAGCAGCCACUCAUGAUGUACCUGGCCCACAACGCCGACCUCAGCAACGUGGCCUGCAAUGUUUUCACUGCUAUCCUGAAGUACAUGGGCGACUACCCCAUCAAGCAGGACCGCAGUGUGAUGGAGCUCACCGACGAGAUCUUCGGUCAAGCCACCCACCACAUAGAACUGCACGAUGAAAUCUACUGCCAGAUUAUGAGACAAAUGACCAACAACAACAGCAGACUGAGCAUGGAGCGUGGGUGGCAGCUGCUGUGGCUGUGUUCAGGCUUGUUCCCGCCCGGUCCGAAGUUGAUGAAACACGCUAAGCGCUUCCUGGAGACGCGGCCCAGAGACCCACUGUCGGCCGGCUGCCUGCAGAGGCUGGAGGAGAUAAGCAGAAAGAAGUCCAGGAAGCUUCCUCCCCACGUGGCAGAAGUGGACGCCAUCCAACAGAACAGCACUAAGAUCUUCCACAAAGUCCACUUCCCAGAUGAAACCAGUGACCUAUUCGAGGUGACGUCAACAACCACAGUCAAAGAACUGUGCGUCAGCAUAGCCUCUCAGCUCAAACUAAGCUCAGCUGAUGGAUUUGGCCUGUAUGUGAAAACAGCGAGCAAGACAACCAGCCUGGUCGAUCGGAAGUAUUUCUUUGACAGUCUAAGGCACGCGACAGACCCCAGAAAAUCUAAAAGAAUGAAAGAAGUCUAUCAGGCCAACACGCCGUGCCUGGUGAUCUUUAAGAGGAAACUCUGGUUCAAUGUGACCCCGGGGAAAGACCUUAUCGCAGAUGUGAAGUUCCAUUUCCCCCAGGAGAUGCCCAAGUAUUUGCGGGGAUACCACAGGUGCUCCAGGGAGGACAUGUUUGAUCUGGGCGGGCUGCUGUUCAGAGUCAGAGUGGACUCAGACAGGUCUCAGUUUGUCAUGAUCCCCAGAAUGCUGAAAGAGCUGGUUCCUGCUGACAAGCUAAAAAUCACAUCCUCUGAAAACUGGAAGAAGCAAAUCAUCUCCUCGUACAACAAGCAGAGUGGCAUCACAGUCCAAGAGGCCAAAGUUGCCUUCCUGAAAACCAUUUCAAGUUGGCCCACCUUCGGCUGUUCCUUUUUUGAAGUUAAACAAACGAGUGAUAGUACCUAUCCAAGUUCACUUUUGAUUGCCAUCAACAAGCUAGGGAUCAACUUAAUAGACCCAAAAGAUAUGGAGCCGCUGGUCCUGUAUCCGUUCAGCCGCAUCGCAGAGUACCACAGCAGAAGCAGCUACUUCAUGAUGACUGUUGGCACCGUAAGCAGAGGCAACAACUUUGUCUUUGAAACUACACAGGGGCACACCAUAGAGGACCUUCUCAAAUCGUACGUCAGCAUGUAUGAGGAGCAGAGGCAGGCUUACCGAUCAAAGAACCAGACAUUCUUCUGAGGCUUCAGCGGCAGAGCGAUACAAAGGACCGUUGCGAUUAUAAACUUCACAUGAAUGCAUGUUUCAAAUGACAAAAUGGUCUCAGAAUGGUGAAAUUUCAGCUCUGAGUGUAACAUUUUCAUUGUUAUAUUCUUGAUUCCAGUUCUUAACGUUUACCAUCUUAAGAACUGUUAUGUAUCUAGAACCUAGACUAGAGUUUAUGUAUAUUUUCUGAUGUUAAACUUAUUAAACAUAUUUACCAGUGAUUAACUGCA